AUGACCUGCGUGGUAUCUAUUUGUACCGGGCUGCUCCUGGUGUUUUCGUCACCGCUGCCGUCCGUGCGAAACUGGCAGGUUGCCAUCAACGUGCAACUUUUUGGUGCUGUUGGUGGUGGUGCUCUUCGGCAGCGUCCUCUGCGCAAUCAGGCCGUUGUGGCACGCUUCCAGUUGGGUCCCCUCAGUGGCGAUUGGCAGUCUGUGGCUGCUGACGCUGUGCAUCGUGUGGAUCCUCACCUCAGUGCAGUGGUGGACACCCCCGGCGCAGCGUGGGGGAGUCACGGAAAACGGCAGGAGAGGCGUGCCCCGAGCCCUCUACGGGGGCGCCCUCUCCGACUUGCCCCUUCCACCUCCGUAGAUGUAUGCACAUAUUUUUUGUUUAAUUUUUGUCUCUUGCGUCCGCUUGGCCUCUUUUUUUUUUCUUUGAUCCACAUUUCGUCCUGCCUGCCGCCCAGUGCGUUUAUUUGGCUGGUGGAGCUUAUCGUUUUUUUUUCCCCUCGACGGAGUUCAGUUUGUUCCACCGUUAUUCAUGAGGAAACGAGCAAACAAACAGACCAACCCGUGUGCUUCUGCUGCGCGGAGGAUCACCAGCGGAAUGCGAAGGAGGAACUGCGGCUCCUCAGCGAUGUGUUUUCCAGCGCAGUUACGGAUUGCUCCCACAUGGGUCCUCUUGCUGGUCUUCCUCUCCACGGCGUGCAGGUUGUUUUGACGGCGUUCAAAAAGUUCGGUAGCACGCAGCUGGUGGAGGGCCCGCUGCAGCAGGCGGCGCGCUCGCUUGUGCUGCAGCUGCUUCGCUCUGCUUCCAAAGCUAAGCUCGCCGCGAUGGAGCCGAUGAUGGAGGUGGAGGUGCACCUCUCUGAGGCAGCCUACAUUGGCGGGGUUGUGGGCUCCCUGAACGAACGUAAGGCCGUCACGGUGGAUGUCCAAGACGGUGGGCGGUCGGUGAAGGCAAUCGUUCCGAUGCGAAACAUUGUGCGCUACACGAUGGAGCUUCGGAAGGCCGUGAAGGGGCACGCCAGCCUGUACACACGUCUACAUCACUAC